AUGGGCGCGAAGAAGAGCAAAAAGGGGCUCCCGUGGCCUGAACCACGGUUCGAAGAAGAUCCUGAUAUACGCGCAUAUGCGACCACCAUCGCCAAAGACCUCACAGCAAUUAAACAGCAUGCUGAAAAGGUUGAAUCAGGCCUGCCGCCGGGCCUUACUCACCAGAUUCUGGAUGCCCUCAUUGGAUUCGCGCAGCGAGUCCACAAGGCACCCACGAUCGAGGCCCUCGCGCAUCGCCUCGCCCGCGUCGAAUCACACAUGGAAAAGACACAAAAAGAAGUGUCUCAAACCUCCCGUGAGGUCUUGACGACCAAAAGCAACACUAACCGCCUGAUUGAGGCCAUUUGCGCUCCCUCACCCCCUGGAUCUCGCAUCCUGAAAACCUCGAUGAGCUUUGGUCACGUGACUGGGAGCAGCAGCUCCGAGUCCUAUGUCCACGCUUGGGGACGCAAGGUGCCUUCGCACCCCCUACAGUUCCAAGCCUCAGCCUGUCAAGCGGCAACAGCACUCCUUUGA